AUGGAUCUAUUCUAUUAUAGAUAUAUCGGUAAUUUAGAUCGUCAAACUACAGAACAAUCUAUUGGCGAACUAUUUGCAAAAUUUGGUGCAAUUAAACGUUGCAAAUUGAUCACUGAGCAUGGUGGUAAUGAUCCGUAUGGAUUUGUUGAAUAUGCCGAAAAGAAUUCUGCAGCACGCGCAUUAGAUGCAAUGAAUGGUUAUAGCUUUGGCUCAAGGGCAAUCAAGGUUAACUGGGCUACCAAUUCUAGCAUGAGAAAAGACACAAAUCAUUACCACAUCUUUGUUGGAGAUUUGAGUCCUGAUAUUGAUACAACGUUACUUCGAAGUGCUUUUAAUCAAUUUGGUCAUGUAUCUGAUGCUAGGGUAGUGAAAGAUUCCGCCACUGGAAAGCCAAGAGGAUAUGGAUUUGUAUCAUAUCAGUUCAAACAUGAAGCGGAAAAUGCAAUGCAAUCAAUGAACGGCGCUUGGCUUGGUGGUAGAAAUAUCCGUACUAACUGGGCUACUCGCAAGCCUGGAGCAACAACUAAUCGGCAAAAUAGCGACUCAAGUUCAACAAAAUCAUUAAAUUAUGACGAAAUAUAUCUACAAACUGCUGUUUACAAUUGUACCGUCUACGUUGGUAACUUAAGUGCUGGAACUACGGAAGAAACUUUGCGGCGCAUUUUUAUUCCGUUCGGUCCUAUUGCAGACAUUAGAGUCUUUCCCGAUAAAAACUACGCCUUUAUUCGUUAUAUGUCGCAUGAUCAUGCUACCAAUGCUAUCGUAGUAAUCCAUGGUACUGCAGUUGAGGGAUCACAAGUUAAGUGUUCCUGGGGUAAGGAAGCAAAUGAUCCAAUAUUGGCUCAACAGGUGAAUUUAAUUAAACUAAUUUCAACAUGA